AUGGAGGCGCGCGGGGAGCUGGACCCGGGUCGGGAGUCGGCAGGCGGCGACCUGCUGUUGGCACUGCUGGCGCGGAGAGAGGACCUGCGCCGAGAGAUCCCGCUGUGUGCCGGCUGUGACCAGCACAUCCUGGACCGCUUCAUCCUGAAGGCUCUGGACCGCCACUGGCACAGCAAGUGCCUCACGUGCAGCGACUGCCACGCGCCUCUGGCCGAGCGCUGCUUCAGCCGCGGGGAGAGCGUCUACUGCAAGGACGACUUCUUCAAGCGUUUCGGGACAAAGUGCGCCGCGUGCCAGCUGGGCAUCCCGCCCACGCAGGUGGUGCGCCGCGCCCAGGACUUCGUGUACCACCUGCACUGCUUCGCCUGCGUCGUGUGCAAGCGGCAACUGGCCACGGGCGACGAGUUCUACCUCAUGGAGGACAGCCGGCUAGUGUGCAAGGCGGACUACGAGACGGCCAAGCAGCGAGAGGCCGAGGCCACGGCCAAGCGGCCGCGCACGACCAUCACGGCCAAGCAGCUGGAGACGCUGAAGAGCGCCUACAACACGUCUCCGAAGCCGGCGCGCCACGUGCGCGAGCAGCUCUCCUCCGAGACGGGCCUGGACAUGCGCGUCGUGCAGGUGUGGUUCCAGAACCGCCGCGCCAAGGAGAAGCGGCUCAAGAAGGACGCGGGCCGGCAGCGCUGGGGGCAGUACUUCCGCAGCAUGAAGCGCGCCCGCGGCGGCGCCAAGUCCGACAAGGACAGCGUCCAGGACGAGGCGCAGGACAGCGACGCCGAGGUCUCCUUCACCGAUGAUCCGUCCAUGGCCGAAAUGGGCCCUGCCAACGGCCUCUACAACAGCCUGGGAGAGCCCACCCCGGCCUUGGGCCGGCCCUCAGGAGCCCCAGGCAGCUUCCCGCUGGAGCACGGAGGCCUGGCCGGUCCCGAUCAGUACCGCGAGCUGCGCCCUGGCAGCCCCUACGCUGUGCCCCCAUCUCCAGCUGCCCUGCAGAGCCUCCCUGGCCCCCAGCCCCUCCUCUCCAGCCUGGUGUACCCAGACGCCGGUGUGGGCCUUGUGCCUGCGGGGGCCCCGGGCGGGCCCCCGCCCAUAAGAGUGCUGGCAGGGAACGGACCCAGCUCCGACCUGUCCACCGGGAGCAGCGGGGGCUACCCCGACUUCCCAGCCAGCCCUGCCUCCUGGCUGGACGAGGUGGAGCACACUCAGUUCUGACCGAGGCCCCGGCUCCACCGAGCCCGGACGUGAGGGGUGUGAGCCGCAGCUCGGCCUCGCUGGGGGUCUUGGAGGUGUGCUGUCCCUCUUUCCAAAGCCCUGGACCUCUGCUGGCAAUAGGUGCCACGGGUGGCCGUGGGGACGGGAUGAGGAUGUCAAAUGAGGGCUCGUUUCUGUGGAGCGCCCAACCCACAGCCCCUCCCUGGGGCAGAGGGACUGGCUGGCUGGCUCCUGUCCAUGCCCACUCCUGGGACACAGGUCUCACCCGCCUGGUGGCUGCCCAGGAAGCCUUGUUUUGUAAGCAGAUUUCUCCCUUUAUUGACCCAUUAACCGAGCUCUC